CGGUCCUGCCGUUUGCUGAGGGGCCGGUGCGGAGCUCGCCACGCUCGCCCGCGCUGGCCGUUAGGCCGGGGAAGGCUGCGGGGCCGGCGGGCGGCGCCGUCUUGUCAGUCGGUGAGGAGACCCCCCGGGCUCCGCCGAGGCGCUUGCGGGGACGGGAAAAUUGCUGAAAUUGAAAAUUGCAUUGCUGAAAAUCGCUUCUAGCCAGCGCGGUUAAUUCGCGUCCAGCCAACACCGCGGUGAGGCAGAGCCGGGGAAGGAGGAGAGCUCGGGGAGCAGCCCGGGGCGGCUGCCAGCGCGCCCAGCCCGGCGCCUCUUGUCACAUGCCGGGCACCUGGAAGCGGCGGUACAGCGACGUGCCAUCGUGUGGCUAGCUGGGGAGCUGCUGAAAUGGGUUGUGGAUUGAACAAACUAGAGAAGCAUGAUGAAAAACGACCUGGUAAUAUCUAUUCAACUUUGAAGAGGCCCCAGGUAGAAACCAAGAUAGAUGUUUGCUAUGAAUAUCGAUUCCUGGACUUCACGACACUAAAUGAUACUGAGCUGCCAGGAUCAUCUGCAAUCAAGCUCUCCUCCUUGCGUGAUCUUCCAGCUCAGCUGCAAGAAUUGUACCAGCAGGGCUUCAUCUUGGCUGCUGUCCACCCUUUCGUGCAACCAACUGAUGAAAAAGAGAAAACUCCCCAGGAACAAAUCUUCAGGGCUGUGCUUAUCAAGAAAACAGAAAGGUCUCCCAAAGGUGAUGUCCAUAGUGAAGGAUAUGUCUUGGAGAUAGAGCGCUGCUCCUCUUUAAACCAACUGUCAGACAAAAAGGAGAUACCGGAUUUUUUUAAGAAAAUUCAAGAUGCUGCAAGUCAAGGCUUGAAAUUUAUUGGAAUUAUACCUCAGUACCAUUCCCAAAAGAACUGUCUUGUCAGCGCCUCCCUGACACCCGCCAGUAACAACUCUGUGCAAUCAAGAGAUAAUAAAAAUGUUUCAAAUUACCCCGAGGAUCGUGCUUCACUGGAUGGCGAAAAAAUAGAUGACAUUAAUGGAUGCAAUACUCCAGCACCAAGUGAGGAAAGUGCUGACCAACACGCCACUUCCAGGGAGGGCUGGAGAGGUGAAGGACAAGCUACUGAAGAGCAGAAUCUCAAGUCUGCAAAGGGAAAUGAAGAACAGUUUCAACACACGAACCCAAGUGUAACAGAAGCAGCAGACAAGCUGAAUGGACUUGUGGAGAAUGAAACACCAGCACGGUGCUUAAAACCACUUACUGGCAAAGCAGAGAUCUUCGCUCUCUUCAACAAGCCAAAAACCCCUCAAAGAUGCAGCCAAUAUUAUACAGUGACUAUCCCUAUGAAGAUCUCCAGGAAUGGGCAGACUGUCAACAGCUUAGAAGCAAAUUGGCUGGAGCACAUGACAGAUCACUUCAGGAAAGGAGGCUCAUUGGUAAACGCCAUCUUCAGCCUUGGAAUGGUAAAUGAUUCUUUACAUGGGACAAUGGAUGGAGUAUUUCUCUUUGAAGAUGUUGCAGUUGAAGACAGUAAACCCAUUCAGGGCUAUGAUGCAAUUGUUGUAGAGCAGUGGACUGUCCUGAAGGGAGUGGAAGUGCAGACAGAUUACGUUCCGCUGCUGAAUUCCCUUGCCAUGUACGGCUGGCAGCUGACAUGCGUGCUUCCUACUCCGAUUGUGAAGACAAACAGGGAGGGGAAUUUAUCUACAAAGCAAAUUGUAUUUCUUCAGAGACCUUCUUUGCCCCAGAAAGCAAAAAAGAAAGAAUCUAAGUUUCACUGGAGGUUCUCCAAAGACGACAUGCACAACAAACAAAUGAAGAAACCCACAAAGGCUAAGUUAAGUACUAGGGAGAAGCAAAUGGCAGAGGAGAAGCAGGAAUUUGAAGUCACAGAGAACACAAGAAACUUAGAAGCACAAAUCUCAGCGGCAGCCAAGCCUGAUCCAGAACAGCAGCUGGAUGAUGUCAUAGACUUGGGAGAUGAGGUAGCUGGGACCAACAGCAGAGGUACCCAUCACGACAGGGUGUCAGAAGAGACACAUCCUGCCAGUUACGAUACUGACAACAAUGACGCGCAGGUCUGCAGCAGCCAGGGUACGCCUGGGUGCUGUGCAGAUCAGGUAACCGUGGGGGGAGACUCUGCUCCAGUGUGGGACGGCUGCAAUGGCAGCGACGGGGCCGGGCUGGGCCUGGACGGCUCCUGUGAAUAAGACCUUCGCUUCAAGAAUCUUGUGAGUUGCUGACACUUUGCCAAGACAAAAGAACAGAUUUUGCUAAUCACCAUCACUAACUUCAUCGCUCAAUUUAGCAUUUCUUUGGCAUUGUACUUACUUUGCUCCUUAGCACACCCAUAUCUUGAUGUUUUAAGUAAGCAACUACAGGGCCUGGGCUCUUUAACCCCCAGAAAUUAAUUGCAAAAUUCCGUCUACUCUACAGAGUGGGAAAUGCCCUACACUAUCUCCUAGAGCUACACUUUAAAUUAACAUUAGGGACAGAAAACGUACUUGGGUUUUUCUGUGACCAACCCUAGCAAACAAAGUUUGUAUCUAGGUCAGGGCAAACGUUCCACUCGGUCAGAUUUUACUCUGUAAUACUUCCUUGUCCAACGUAUCUUUGCUGGAGAAGUUAUUGUGCUAUAUGUUACUUUGUCAUUGAGCUUGUAGUGUCAUGAAAACAGUAUUUGGACUUCAACAGGCUGAAAUUGGAAAGCGUAGGUAAGAUGGCUGUUAGCUGUAUUUAUCUCAAAUAGCACACUUACUGAUGAUACUCUCUUCUGAGUUUUAUUAACUCUUGCAGAUCUUUAAGCAAUAGCAAACCAUGUUGCUAUUUUAGGCACACUGGGUAAACAAAGCCCAUGGUAAAUUUGUGUCAGGAAGAUGAUUCCAAUAUAAAAGGCAAUUUCCAAUUCACUCACGUUUAUGUUCUCUUUGCCAACCAACAGUCCAUCGAUAGUUGGGGGGGCUUCAGAAGACAGAAAAACAGGAAACAAAAAAGCAGGUAAAAUGUACCUCUUUCAGUGGCUAUCUUCACUCAGAUUGGAACUAGAUGGUACCUCCUGACCCUUCCAGGUGAUUUUGCACCACGUCCUCACUGUUACAAAAUACGCUGUGGGGAAGGACUGAAAUUGUACACAGGGGUCAGUGGCCAACGAACAUCACUAAAUGAGCUUAGAAAAUGCCAUUAACAGCGGGCUUUUAUACAAGUGAUGGUAUUUUGGGACUGAUACCUAACGGAAUUCUGUAAAAUUACCAACAUUUUUACGUUUGGAGCUACAUUAAAAUAUUUACAAGUGAAUGUACAUGUGUAAGAUAGUUUCUGUGCCAAUGUUCUCCAAGUACUUUGGUAUUCUUAAAAAUGUAGGAAGUAGUUGUUUCUCUCUUCUUAACUGGUCAAGUAACGAGGUGAGAAAUACAUUCUAACUUCCCCUGCUUUUGCUUUCUUCAAGCAAGAGCUCUCUAAGUGAUUAGCUGUUUUUUCCCUUGACUGAUGACUUGUGCCUGAUAAUUUUCCUCAGUCUUCAAAUCAAAAUGCUGUACAAAGAACUAUGUUCUGGAGCAAACGCACACCUAGAGCGGUUCAAGAGCAUCUUCCAUGCCUAAAAAUUGUACAGUUGGCAGAACAUUGCAGAGAAGGGAAAAAUCAUGGUUUUUUCAUUGAUUAAAGAGGUUUUUAUUUUGAAUUCAGUGGUUUAACCACAGGACUAUAAGUAACUGCAAUUUCUGGUGAUGGGAUUUUUCAGUUAUUUUAUUCUGUUUCUUGAGAUUAGACUGGCAUUCCAGUAGCCUCAAAAAUAAGUUGUUUCCAUUGUUCUACUUAAAUACAAGGUCUCUGCUCUGUACAGUUUUAAGUACCUGUUUGCAAAUUUUAUUGGCAUAAGAUCCUUCUACUGAUGGUUUCUAUUUCAAGGACUAGCUUUGUAUUAAUCUUGUUUUAAAAUUCACUGUAUUUAAUGAACAUUUUACUAGUAGAAAGUGUUGCAGUAGAAAGAACUCUCCAAAUACUUUGGAAUAGAAAGCAUUUAUUGGAUUGCAAUUUGAUCUUGUUUAACUGGAUCCCAACUGCUUACAAAAAACUAAAGAGAAAUAAAGGUCACAAGGAGAUUUCUUA